AUGUUCAGUAUAAUCAAUUUGCCUAGUCGCUCAUCCGGCGCAGUGUCCAGCACUUCGAGCUCCAAAAUGCGUUACGCACCCAUCGUUAACGAGCUUCUCCAGUUACUCGACAAGUCAUUUCCUUAUGCUUCAGGAAUGGAGGCCCUUGAACAAGCUAUCCAAUCUGCGCUUCAGUACAGGAUUGUUGAGAUGGAAAGCUACGGACUCACCUCUGCCAAAGGGUUUCUAAACUUUGCAACCUGGAUGGUUGACGGCUGGAUACCCACCGAGUCAGCAAAGGGCAGAGACAUCUACUAUAUUUUGUGCAUCUUCUAUUUCGUGUUUGACCAGGUUCCACUCAAGGAUUGUCAAACUGCGAUUAGGCCCGAAUCUGUGGGGCAAGAUCUAUCUGAGCUCUCCCAAUGGAUGGUGAAGUUUGCCAAGGAGGUUGGAAGCCACAUGGACCGACCAGAGUCGUUGAACGAAGCAUCGCUCACUUCCUUCUGGAAUGCUCCAAGCUUCCAUGUAUUCGAGGCGGAUGAAUCCAAAACCGAAGGGGGGAAGUGGAAGAACUUCAAUCAGUUCUUCUGUCGUCAUCUCAAAGAUGGCGCACGGCCCAUCGAUGGCGAGGGUGACGACAGCAUUGUCAUCUUUCCUGCGGAUUCAACCUUCUCCGGAUACUGGGAUAUCACUGAUGAUUCAUUGGUCGAGCUGAAAGGUCUUCCUUGGCAUAUAGGCGAUCUCCUUGGGCCGUACAAGUCCGAUUAUGGCGACUCUUUCAAGGGCGGAGUCUGGCUGCAUUCGUUUCUAAACUCAUUUGACUAUCAUCGUCAGCACGCUCCAGUGGGAGGUACUAUCAAAGUCAUCGACACUAUUGAUGGUGCGGCUUACCUAGACGUUGAAUACCAGCCUGAUAGUCGCUCUUUGAUGCCAAAACGCCCUAUGCGUCCUGUAUACUCGUCGGGGCCUGUUUUCCGUGGAGCGGAGGCGACAGAUAAAGAAGGGUAUCAAUUCCUGCAAGCACGGGGGAUUAUCAUUAUAGAGAACGACAAGAUUGGUACGGUUGCUGUUCUACCGAUUGGCAUGGCGCAAGUCUCGUCUGUGGUGGUCAGGGAUGACCUUAAGCCGGGGGCUACCAUUAAUAAAGGUGAUGAAAUUUCUCACUUUGAGUUUGGUGGCUCGGAUAUUGUGGUGAUGUUCCAGGGCGGCAAGAUAGACCCCCAUACUCUCCCGCAGCCAUUGUCACGGAAAAGCGAAGAACCUUUCCCCAAUUGCGGAAGAAUGGCACGUCAAAUUCUAUUCGGGUUUUGUGGUGUUGGAGAAAUAAGAAGAGUCGUCAGUAUUGAUGUUAAAAGUGAUCACAGUUGGCCAAAUCCUAGCGCGCACAGUCGAUGCUGCGCCUGGAAUCCAGUGGCUGACAUCAGCCAUGAGCUCUCAGCCAUGCCACCUCAAACCCGAGCGAUUCAACAUAGCGAAAGUGUGGGGGAGAAAAAGCGGAAACCUCUGCGCCGUGACCCGGAGAAGAGGCGGCAACAGAACAUUCAAGCCCAACGCAGAUACCGAGAAAAGCUUCGUGAGCGCUUAGGUCGCCUCGAAGCGCUGGCAGAGUCUGCGGGACAGACCCCGGCCAUUAAAAGCACCCCAGCUGCUGGCAUACAACCAAGUGGGGCGAUCACAGCGUCUGGCCUACCCAACACUUCAAGUAGUAUCGUUCCAAAGACCCUUCCACUCUAUGAUGCUUCGGAUGUAUCGGUUCCGUCAACAUCUGUGGCCACUCUUGGUAAUUGCCAGCAACUUAUCCCAGCUUCAGCUGAGAGUCCAUCGGCACUAUACACAUCAGAUUCCACCAUAACACCCUAUCUAUAUUCUGAUGAAUCUCCCUCAGCCCUAACUGUGUGGGACCCUCCAUCAUGUGUCGAUCCCUCUCUUCUCGUUAGCGAUAAGCCCAGUGACAGCCUGGAGUUGUACUGGACAACCACCAUUGACUGCGGCUGUACCAGCCCGCAUUUCCGAAUACAGACAGAAUGUCCAGACCUUCUCGGCCAUAAUGAAGUCAGAGUAUUCAGAUUUGGCACGAAUACAACUACAGCCGAUCCAUAUACCAACAGUCUUCGCAUCGACAGAGUUUGCACCAUCGCUGCAAUUCUUGAUCUUGUCAGGCAUGUGGGUGUUACAGAGGAAGCGUUAUGUGCUGACGAAUCCCUCUCGCCAUUCUUUCGGCCCACUGCGGUGAUGGUAGACGAGGCAGCCAAGAGGAAUCUGAUCCGCACAGUACAGGAAACUUUCAAGUCUCUAAAGCCAGAUCUGAGGCCAUUCCAAGAACAAAUUACUAUUGAGCACCAUCCGAUGAUAGACAUUCUACCAUUCCGAACGCUACGAAGGAACCUCAUCACUCGCCAGCACGAUAUAGAUGAGGAUGAGUUCUUCGACGAUAUGCUUUCUGGCUUAGUGUGCUGGGGAGGUGCGGGCAUUGGGAAGAGGGAUCGGCAAGUCUCCACUGGGUAUGCUUCGACUGGUACGCCGUGGGAUGUCCGUAGUUGGGAAGCAAAGGUAUGGUUCUUGAAGAAGUAUUGGUCUCUUUUGGGUGGCGAAGAUGGUGAACUUGUACGACAAAGUGAAUGGUGGCGCAGUAUUAGGGGAGACGACAUUGAGCAGGAGAAUAUGUGGUUAGGAUAG